AGAGAAAUUGACAACAAGAUGGCCGCCAAGCGUGAGGCUAGCGUUGCCGGGCAGCUGCUCGUCGUCGCCCUCACCAUAGUGGUGGUGGUGACCCCAUCAUCCAUGCCGGUGGCCAGGGGGGAGGCGAAGGCCGCUUGCCUCAGCGAGUACUCCAAGCUCUGCGGAAAAGACGAGAAGAAGGACGCGGCGUGCGCCACCAUGGUCGAGAAGGCCUGCGGCACCGAGCCCAACAGCGUGGCCUUCAUCGAGCGCUUGUUUGCCGAGCUCGCCACGGUCGGCCAAAAGAAGCGCGAGUCCAACACCCAGCCCACGUCCGGGGGGCAGGACGCCCUGAACGGGUCCGUCGACAAGCAUGGCGGCUGCCCCGGCAACAAGACGGUCUAUGCAUUCUCCUCCCAUUGCGCCGUGGACUGCGACAUGGCAUGCAAGGAUCCUGCUUGCUCCAACCGCUGCUACAUCGACUGCCCCUACACGGCCGCCAGGUUCGGCUACAUCAUGGCCACCCCGGCCAACAAGAAGGCCAUCGACCAAGACAUGGACUGCUUCAAGCGUUGCGCAAAGGAGAAGGAUGCCACGAAUGACAAGUGCCUUGUUUCAUGCAAGCUCAUUUCUCCUGCCCUCGUCUCCGCCCCGCCCCAUGCCACUUGAAAAUGCAUUUGCUCUACAUUCAUGUUAUCACAUGUACUCAUAUCUCGACUCAAAGAAUAAAACAUGUAUUCAUAUC